AUGGCGACCGAGUUGACCGUCCAGUCGGAACGUGCGUUCCAGAAGCAGCCUCACAUCUUCAACAACCCCAAGACCCAGGCGAAGAGCAAGAAGGGUGCUCAGGGCCGCCGUUGGUACAAGGAUGUUGGUCUUGGAUUCCGUACCCCCAAGACCGCCAUUGAGGGCUCUUACAUCGACAAGAAGUGCCCCUUCACUGGUAUGGUCUCCAUCCGUGGCCGUAUCCUGACCGGCCGUGUCGUCUCCACCAAGAUGCACCGUACCAUCAUCAUCCGCCGUGAAUACCUCCACUACGUCCCCAAGUACAACCGUUACGAGAAGAGACACAAGAACCUCGCCGCUCACGUCUCUCCCGCUUUCCGUGUUGAGGAGGGUGACUGGGUUACCGUCGGCCAGUGCCGUCCCCUGUCCAAGACUGUCCGUUUCAACGUCCUCCGUGUCCUGCCCCGUACCGGCAAGGCCGUCAAGUCGUUCAACAAGUUCUAA